GCGUCGUGCUUUUUCCUCCGGUGAUUCAUUCCUCUCCGCUUCCGCGUUCACACCUGCGCUUCUCCUUCCUUCUCGCACCACCGCGCCGCUCGGACGAUGUCCGCGCGACCCGUCCUCGUAGAAAUUCGGACGAUGGUACCAAGCGCUUUAUUAAUCGACAUGGAAUCGAUAUCUCGCACUGAAACGCGAACUGCGGGACUUGGGGCAUAGUAAAUUCAAAGGGAGGACCGACUUGUUGAUAUAAACAUUUCAAAAUAUUCCCAUUAGUUGCGCCAGAUCGCUAAGUGACAUGUGACUGUAUCGGACGAUUUGUAUGUGGAGUUGAAUAAGAAGUGGAAAGAAUCUUAUGGAUUAAUAUAGACUUUAGGACGAUUUUAAGAGCGAUAUAAUUUGUGAGAAUCAAGCGGAUUAUCGAACGAUUUAUCAGAUGCGUUGCUGCAAAGAGGAGCUUUAAGCGAUUCGAGGUCUUAGGACGAUUUUGAACGUGGAUGAACAGAAAGGAGUUUUAAGCUCGUUGAGAUCGUUCAGUGAUUUGUGAGCGAUUCGGUGUUCCCCCCCCCCCCCCGACAAGAGAACGACGUGGUCGCGAAAAUAUUCUUGAGAGUCUGAUGGCACCUGAUCUCGAGAAAAGACGCCAGGAAUUAAGGAGGGGCAGCACCGGGACCUUGGAACAUGUUAACGAUCAACCGGGCAUGCUCUUACAGUUGAGGUGUGCAGGCGGUACGACGGAUCUUCAUCGUCAUGGUAGCAAUGCAGGCGGUGCGUCGUCAACGGUGACAACAUCCGUCUCGAGAAGCACCGUAGGUAAUCGUGCCCAUUCAGCGACCAGGAGGACGGUUCCUAAUCAGCAGCAACAGCAGCAGCAAACCCCACAACAACAGCAGCAGCAGCAGCAACAACCAAAACAAUCCAGAUUUUCAACCUUCGGUGGUAUAACUACGAGGAGUUCUGAUGAACACGGACCUAGGACCGGUACGACGCAAGACGACAAUUCGAACGACUCCGGUCUUGGCUCUGAGGAACGUCAACAGCACUUCAACAACAUCACUCUCUGGAACAACGUUGGCGAGGAGGAUUCGAAGAGAAGGAAAAUGGAUAUUAAAUUAGAGUCCGAGGACGCAAACUUUGCGUUUCCGGAAGUAGCCCCCGGAACCAGCCCCGACAAUAAAUCACCGACAGUAAGAACCACCGUCAAUGGAAUCGGCUUGGGAGGAAUACCCGGCAAUAGAUCCGGAAAUGCUAAUUCCAUAGGUAGAGUUGUGGGAGUAACCAGACCUCGACCUGCCAUGGGUGUGUUGUCCAAAAAAGCACCGAUCACUCAUCAGGGACCUGUUACUCUUAUUUCACAACUAUCCAACGUUUCUGCCGACGGCAAAACUCAACUGCAGAUCGUCUGUCAACCCGAGCAACAGCAUCGAGCUCGCUAUCAGACGGAAGGUUCGCGAGGUGCGGUGAAAGACCGUAGCGGAAAUGGCUUUCCCAUGGUUCGACUGAUCGGUUACGACAAACCGACGACUUUACAAGUGUUCAUCGGCACUGAUCUUGGCCGAGUGGCACCCCACAUGUUCUACCAGGCCUGUCGAGUAAGCGGCAAGAACUCCACACCCUGUAUCGAACGGAAGAUCGAUGGCACUAUUGUAAUAGAGAUUGAUAUGGAUCCGGCAAAAGAUGUUACCUGCGACUGCGUUGGCAUUCUUAAAGAGCGUAAUGUUGACGUCGAGCACAGGUUUCCUCAAGAAGCCGGGCUGUUACAAGGAAGAAGCAAGAAAAAAUCCACACGGUGCCGCAUGAUCUUCCGCACGACUAUCAAGCACGCCGACGGGACUACAGAGACCCUGCAAAUCUGUUCCCAGCCGAUAGUCUGCACCCAACCACCUGGUAUUCCGGAGAUCUGCAAAAAGUCUCUGACGUCCUGUCCGUGCACGGGCGGAUUAGAACUCAUCAUACUCGGUAAAAACUUCCUGAAGGAUACUCGAAUAGUCUUUCAGUUGGACAGUGAUGAUCUAUCGAGUAGCUUGGAACCGCAUUGGGAGUGCACUGUGUUGCCGGACAAGGAGCACUUGCACCCAGUACACUUAGUAUGCGUGAUACCACCUUAUCGUAGGCAGGAUCUAGCGCCUACAGAAACGGUCAGCGUCAAAUUGUUUGCGGUGUCAUCCGGAAAGACCAGUGAACCGCAUACUUUUCUUUACACGGCUACCUCUACUCCCCCACAGCCGUCCAUAGGUAAAGUCGAGUCCAUCUCACCUCCGCUAACAAACGGUGACGCUAAUCACUUAGCCACAUCCUCCUCCGCGGUAUCGUUAGCUACAAGUGUCCCAUCCAGCAAUCUAUUAACGCAAACAGCUGCGGGAGCUGCAAAUUUCUUAUCGAAUGCACCGGCUCAGCCGCAACAAAACACCUCUUCAGAGACUUUGAAGAGCGACCCCAGCCCACCACCAGCAGGAACACCCCAAGUGACUCCCGUGAUGUUAUGGGCCUCACAAUCCUCAAACUCACCUUCUGAUGUCAUGAUGCCACCCCCAGUGCUCGUAGCAAACCCUCUAAUGAACCGACGAUCCUCGUCCAAUCUUCAGCUGAUCCUGCCGGAUAACUUAAAAACAGAAGUGCUGGAUGAAAACAGUCAAAAUAGUAUGCUAAGUGAAAAUAGCAUGCAAAGCAUUCCGACUCCGACGACGGCCACAAAUGGACCGACAUCGGUCACCUCUCCUCUUCAACAGUUGGUUAACGAGAACUCUAGAGAAGCUGCAACCUCGCAAACUGAUAUUAUCCGGACUGUUGCCGUUGCGACGGCUAAUAACAGUCCUGUUCAAGAGACUGUAAGUGGCCUUCUCGGAGUAGUGGAUCUGAUACGUACUCAGCAUCCUCUGUCAAUGGUGGCUGCACAUCAUCCAACUUCGUUUGGAGGCAUGCAUGAAUCAAAUCAAGUUCAAGUUCUUAGUCCUCAUUGCCUUAAGGACACAAAUGGUGUCUUAUCAACGGACAAUAGCUCCAAUGGAGCCGCCCUUCAAGGUGCCGGUGUAGUCGAUCUUCGGAUGAAACAUCACCAUCAUCCCGAAUUCGGCACAUUAUCGAGUUUUACCGCUGCUUCCGGGACGCAGCCGUUGUCGGCAGCAAACAGUCAUGUGGUGGAAAAGUACCUGAAUCACAUGGAAUCCUCAGUUGGCACCACCGAGGAAUCAGAUAAUCCAGAAAAUGAGUUCGCUAUGCAACAGCAGCGAGCUUCCAUCAUUUCGGGAAACAGCCAACAGUCGGCGGCUCCUCCGGGAAUUCUAGCCAAUACAGGACAAACUUCAGUAAAGUUGGAUGCUUUAGUAAACUCUGCAGCUGAACAAAUGGUCUCUCCAUUGCACUCGGUGAAUUCCAAUCCCACUGCAAUGUUGAGCCAUGUGACAGCAGAACACGAAACAAUGGGUAGCGGCCAACAGACUAGAACUAGUCCACCGAUUCCGGUGAAGACAAUGCUGCUGGAAGCGCUGAUUCCGUCACAGACGGUACAGCCAUUGGCAGAAAUUGCGGGCACAACAUCGGUAGCGCCUGCGACGACAGUAGAACAAACAGGAGAUAAUCUCCUGACUACUAUCAAUGCUGCACUAUUACCGCCAUUGCCAGAAACACAAGUCACCGCAGCAACUGCCACACCGAAUUCUACGGUUUCUGGUAAUGCGAUACCGGCAGAGCGUAUGCAACAGCAGAUUCAAGUACUCACGCAACAAGAGGUAGCCGUGAUGCAGCAACAGGUACAACAAGUGGAGCAAGUAGUUGCGCAAGCGCAGCAGCAAGUUGAACAAGUUGUUGCGCAAGCGCAGCAACAGGCGGUCCAAGUAGUGCAUCAGGCUCAGCAACAGGUAGUUCAGCAAGUAGUGCAGCAUGCUCAAGUAGUGCAGCAAGCGGUGCAACAAGUACAAGCAGUGCAGCAAGUUCAAGCGGCUCAGGUAGUGCAACAAGCGGUGCAGCAGGCGACUGAAGAAGUAGUGCAACAAGCAGUGCAACAAGCAACGCAAGAAGUGGUGCAGCAGGUGCAAGCGGUGCAACAAGCUGUCCAACAAGCUCAAGCAGCCCAAGCCAUGCAGCAGGCUGUUCAACAAGACAUCGGUUCCAUGUUGAACCAACCUGCGGGCUUUGUAGCCGAAGCUAGUUCCGCUUUGGCUAGUGGAGCUGCUCAGGAACCCUCUCAACAGCGUUUGACUAACGCAGCGGAACAAGCUAUCAACAGUGUCAUCACCAACGCCACAAAGGAUAUUAUCAACAAUCGGCCGAUCUCGACAACUACCGCUCAUGCAAUCAUCGCUACAAAGAAAAUUCUGAACAGCGUGGCGACUCAAAGCGCGCAAUUAAUGAAUAAUGCGAUGGAGGGAAUCCUACCGAAAUCUCCCUCGGCGCAAAACAACAUCAUCGAACAAGUUGCCAGCAAAUCACCACCAGUCGCACUCCCAGUCACUUCAAAUCGUCAGACUGUAAACGCUCCGAUUCCCAAUUCUGCCGCUAGUACCUCAACCAGUAGGAAGACGGAGGAUGGGAUGCUGCCUCAAGAACUCACCUCGAUGUCGGAACAUGAUCUUCUGAGCUACAUCAAUCCCAACUGUUUCGAGCAGCUUCCGCAAAGCGGAUUCCUCUUGUAGUACUAUUGCGUUUUGCAAUAAAGAAGAGGAUGAUUUUCUUCAACGAAUUUAUUUUCGAAUGAAAGUUUAAAGAAUCUGCCUGCCGUGUCCUGCAUUUGGUGCUAAACAUAGACGGCUGGUUUUAAAUUUCACUUGCCUUAUAUUGAAGUGUUUCAAAUGUUAUAUGGAACUUAGACUAGGCCGUUACUAGCUAAAUGUAGGAUACAAGGAUUCAAGAACGUUUAAAUAAUUAAAACGUCUUGUAGAUGAACAUAAGACGGAUGUUCAAAUUUUAAUUAUUAUUUAAAUUGCACGUUCAAAUAACAAUGCAUGCGAUUCACAUUACAUAAUGCCCUGGAAUAUGUAUUUUUUUGAUAAAAUUGAUAGAUCUGCUAAUGCAAAGUUUGAUAGAAGUGAAUAGGUCGUUUUAAGAGUUGCUUGAAAUCCCUAAAAAAAUUUACACUUAAAACGAGAUAAAUAUAUAUAUUCGAGUGUUGAAGAGAAAGAAAAUGAAGAUUCUGAGAAUAAAAAUAUAAAUAACACGAACAUAAAUAUAAAUAACAGCCUGUGGGCGAAGAAGUUUAUCCAAGUGUGGAACAACGCAUAAUAAUUAAAUUUUCUUCUUUACCAAGGAAGGAAUAAAAUCCAUAUGAAAUAUAUACAAGGGCAAAAGCACAGUAUGGUGCAGAAAUGUUGGUUAUAAGCAUUUAUAAAUGGAGUAAAGAGUUAAAGAAGAACGACAACGCGAGAACAAACCGCGCUACUCAAGAACAUCGAUAACAAUACACAUGUGGAUGAACUUUUUCGCUCAUAUUUGCCGCUUCUGCUGAACUUUGCACAGGUUUAUUGAUUUUUUCAAGAAAGUACUUAUACAUUUCAGAAGAUGUGAUGGAUCAUGUGAUGCUCACGCCUCGUUAUUUAGUUAGCCGCGCAAUUUAAAUUUGAAUACCCAUCGUAUGUUUUUUGAACCUUGUGUUGUCUUAACUUGUUACUGUGCAGGAUUAAUCUCAACUCGGAUUGCAAGGUCGUUACCUUGUUCCGAUAUUGACAAUUCUGUGCCACAUUUGUGAUGCGAAGUCUUUUAUAAAAGGGAAAGUAGAAGUGCAGUAAGUGAACUUUGGGUCUCAGCACAUUUAUCUUGAGUCCUCUUCAGAGUUAUCUUAAUUUUAGGAUUUUAAAAAUCUCAAUUUCCGACAUUCUGAUUUUAAUCAUUUUGAUAUGGCAGAGUCCAGCUGAACAGCGUUUUUAAACGAGUGUUUAGUAGCACAUAGUUACUGCAAUAUGCACUGUACGAAAUUUCGUGUAUUUUUGAAGACGUAAAAAUGUUUUCAUAUACUUUUCAGAAUUCAUCAUCCUUCUCAAAAAAUUAAUGAUUAAUUUUAUCCGGUACUACAAUAAAACGUUUAUGAGACAUUUAAUGACCCAAAGUUUUCAGAGAUACUUCCUGAUCGUUCUGUGAUUCACGGUGAGGAAACGCCGUAAGUCCACAGCAGUAGAUCGUCUUAGAUCGAGAACUAUUAAUAUUUAAGUAUAAGACGGGCGCACGAGAAAGCGCGACAAAUUCAGAUGUUCUUCUCUUUCACACAUCUUUUCUUUCUUUGUAUGUUUUUUUUCUAUGAAUUGUCAAUCUUUCUUGGUGAUUCCUUAUUUAUCUUCAAUGAUAUACGCAACUAGAUAUGUUACAUAUUAUCUUGUGUUUUAUUUUGGUCUAUAUUUUGAAUUCUUUUUAUUUGCAGGACUUCAUCGAGUGAAUAAUGCAAACGUAGAAAAAUAUGUUGUAAAUGUUCAGAUAAUUAAUCCUUAAACGUCGCGUUUCAAAACUGAAUCCCACAUACGAUUGGGGGAUCCAACAGCGUGGUUUUAGAGUUAAUUAAUUAAUAGUUUAAUAUUGAUAAAAGAAAGUAAGAAAUUAAUUGAAGGAUAGUUGGAGAAGAAUAAAUCCGACCAAGUUUCCAGUUUCUCGAAUCUUGGAAUCUUUAUUUCUUGCGUUUUGCAAAGUUAAAAAAAUGCCGGAAACGCAAAUGCGUAAUUAUAUGAACUACAUUAUCGCUUACGCUGUUGUGAUUAUUAUUGACUUGAUUUCAUUGCGAAAGAAUGGAUCAUCUCGUCGCUGUGGCCUCCACAUGUCUCAAGAGUAUAUAUUUCAUAUAUUUAGAAUAUGUAUAUUGUUUGAUAAUUGAAGUUAUUUUGUUUUCUUCUCUUUUUUGUUAUCUAGUACAUUGAUAAUGAUAAUAGAGUUAUGUGAAUGCGUUAAUGUUAUCAUUAUUUUCAUAGAGGAAUAGAAAAC